CAAGCCCUUCCGGUGAUGUCACGUCUCCAGAACGCGCCAAAGUUUGGACGGACGCUCUUGUGUCAUUAAUAUGGACAUUUCAGUGUAGACAUUUUUAGCGUGUAAAUAUACCAAAAGAACAGAUAAACAACCUGCUUCACAUGGGACAACUUCAACACUGGUAUACGUGACUCGUAAGAUCAGAUCAUGUCUGUGCCUUUUGUUAAAGACUGGGAUGUGGUACAAACCCUUGGAGAGGGGGCGUACGGCGAGGUGCGACUGCUUGUCAACAAGAAGACAGAAGAAGCUGUGGCGGUGAAAGUUGUGGACAUGGCAAAGGCCAAGGAUUGUAUAGAGAAUGUGAAGAAGGAGGUUUGCAUAUGCAAGAUGCUCUCACACCCCAACAUCGUACGUUUCUUUGGGCACAGGAGUGAGGGGACGACACAGUACAUCUUCUUGGAGUACUGUAGUGGAGGAGAGCUUUUUGACCGAAUCGAACCAGAUGUUGGGAUGCCAGAAAAGGAGGCACACAGGUUUUUUCAGCAGUUAAUAGCUGGUGUGGAAUAUCUUCACAGCAUUGGGAUUACACACCGUGACAUAAAACCAGAGAAUAUUCUUCUUGAUGAUAAAGAUAAUCUGAAGAUCUCUGAUUUUGGACUGGCUACCAUGUUCCGUCACCGUGGUCGAGAGCGGGCGCUGAAUCGUUUGUGUGGCACUCUACCCUAUGUUGCCCCCGAGCUCAUGUCACGCUCGGCGUUCCACGCUCAACCUGCGGACACUUGGGCUUGUGGUAUUGUGCUCACUGCAAUGUUAGCUGGAGAGUUACCAUGGGACCAGCCGAGUGAAAACUGUCAGGAAUAUUUAGAUUGGCUGGAGAAGAAGAUCUACCUCACACCAUGGAAGAAAAUUGAUGCUGUGCCCUUGAGUCUGCUAUCCAAGAUAUUACUGCAUAAUCCAGAGGACAGGUUCACCAUUCCUGAAAUUAAGAAACAUCGUUGGUUUAGCAGAAGUUUCAAAUCAGCAGUAAAACGUCAGAGUGACACACCGGUAACCAAGAUGCAUCGGGCUGACUCAGAACUCUCACAACUGAGACGAAAAAACAGUGAUGACAGAGCACAGAUCUCCAGCUCUCAGCCUGAGCCGCAGGGAUUGUGGGAGCAGAAGGAGGUUACAGUGCAUACAGAUGUCAGUGUCAGCUUUUCACAGCCUACCUGUCCUGACCACAUGUUGCUGGGCAGCCAACUGCUUGGCACACCGGGUGCCAGCCAGAACCCAUGGCAGCGGUUGGUGAGAAGGAUGACCAGGUUCUUUACUACGGUAAAGGCAGAGCCGUCUUGCAUUGCUCUCCGUGAUGCCUGCAUUGCUAUGGGUCACACAUGGAAACAGAGCUGCACCAAUCAGGCGACGGUGUCCACAAUGGAUCGCCGCAAUAAUAAACUGAUCUUCAUAGUGCACUUCCUGGAAAUGGAGGAACGCAUUUUAGUAGAUUUCCGGCUGUCAAAGGGGGACGGUUUGGAAUUCAAGAGAAUAUUCCUGAAACUGAAACUGAAGCUGUCUGACAUUAUUAGUAACCAAAAGGUUUUGCCUUUGAAUUGAUGUGUGUCUACAUUUUAACAUGCAAAGUCUGCAUUCACAUAUGCGUACACACACACACACUAAGUUGUUUUAUGAUGGUGGAACAUGUUUGGAUUUGUAUAUUUGUAGUUGUAUAUGUCUGUUUCUCUGAUCAGUGAGGAGAAACUGUCAAGUUUAGUUCAUCUGUUCAUUUGUGUUCUGUUAUUGUGAAGAAGAGGGUUUGUUUUCUGCUCCUUAAAAAGAUGCAAGUAAAAUUGAACGUGAAAACAAAAUUUAAAAUAAAUCUGUCCUUAAUAAU